UCCUCCUUGGCCUUUCUACAGCCAUCCCCUUUUCUCCUCAGGAACUGCUCACACUUGUGUCCCAAAGAUGAGGGUCCCGGAGGAACCCGAGGGCCAGACACAGCAUGAGGACCUGGGCCUAGCAGGGACUUCCACGAGGGACUCCCCAGUGACCCUGCCCACAGAACCCAAGUUCGACAUGUUGUACAAGAUUGAGGAUGUGCCGCCCUGGUACCUGUGCAUCCUGCUGGGCUUCCAGCAUUACCUGACGUGCUUCAGCGGCACCAUCGCUGUGCCCUUCCUCCUGGCUGAGGCGCUGUGUGUGGGCCGUGACCAGCAUGUGGUCAGCCAGCUCAUUGGUACCAUCUUCACCUGCGUGGGCAUCACCACCCUCAUCCAGACCAUACUGGGCAUUCGGCUGCCUCUGUUCCAAGCCAGUGCCUUUGCAUUUCUGAUCCCAGCCAAAGCCAUCCUGAACCUGGAGAGAUGGAAAUGCCCCCCAGAAGAGGAGAUCUAUGGUAACUGGAGCCUGCCCCUGAACACCUCUCAUAUCUGGCACCCACGGAUACGAGAGGUUCAGGGUGCAAUCAUGGUGUCCAGCAUGGUGGAAGUGGUGAUCGGGCUGACAGGGCUGCCUGGAGCCCUGCUCAGCUACAUUGGGCCUCUCACGGUCACCCCCACCGUCUCCCUUAUUGGUCUCUCUGUCUUCCAAGCCGCUGGUGACCGAGCUGGUUCCCACUGGGGCAUCUCAGCUUGCUCCAUUCUCCUGAUCGUCCUCUUCUCCCAGUACCUGCGCAACCUCACCUUCCUGCUGCCUGUCUACCGCUGGGGCAAGGGCCUCACUCUCUUCCGCAUCCAGAUCUUCAAGAUGUUUCCUAUUGUGCUGGCCAUUAUGACCGUGUGGCUGCUCUGCUACAUCCUGACGUUGACAGAUGUGCUGCCGGCAGACCCUACAGCCUAUGGCUUCCAGGCACGGACAGACGCCCGGGGGAACAUCAUGGCUAUUGCGCCCUGGAUCCGAAUCCCCUACCCCUGUCAGUGGGGCCUGCCUACAGUGACUGCGGCCGCUGUCCUGGGAAUGUUCAGUGCCACGCUGGCGGGUAUCAUCGAGUCCAUUGGAGAUUACUAUGCUUGUGCCCGCCUGGCUGGCGCACCACCCCCUCCAGUACAUGCUAUCAAUAGGGGCAUCUUCACUGAAGGUAUCUGCUGCAUUAUCGCAGGGCUGUUCGGCACAGGCAACGGAUCCACCUCGUCCAGCCCCAACAUUGGCGUCCUGGGGAUUACCAAGGUGGGCAGCCGGCGCGUGGUGCAGUAUGGUGCAGGCAUCAUGCUGGUCCUGGGCACCAUUGGCAAAUUCACGGCCCUCUUCGCUUCGCUCCCUGACCCCAUCCUGGGUGGUAUGUUCUGCACCCUCUUCGGCAUGAUUACCGCUGUGGGGCUGUCAAACCUGCAGUUUGUGGACAUGAACUCCUCCCGCAACCUCUUUGUGCUUGGAUUUUCCAUGUUCUUCGGUCUUACACUGCCAAAUUACCUGGAGUCCAACCCUGGCGCCAUCAACACAGGCAUUGUUGAAGUGGACCAGAUUCUGACUGUGCUACUGACCACGGAGAUGUUUGUUGGUGGGUGCCUUGCUUUCAUACUGGACAACACAGUACCAGGGAGCCCAGAAGAACGAGGUCUGAUACAGUGGAAAGCUGGGGCCCAUGCCAACAGUGAGAUGUCUACCAGUCUCAAGAGCUAUGACUUCCCCAUUGGAAUGAACAUGGUAAAAAGGAUUGCCUUUCUGAAAUACAUUCCUAUCUGCCCAGUCUUCAAAGGAUUUUCAAGGUCAAAAGACCAGCUCCCAGUUCCAGAAAAUAUUCCAGAAAAUAGAGAAACUGAGCCUGUCUGCACCAAAGUUUGAAGAAUUACUCUCAGUGAGAGCGGAACUUCCCAACUGGUUUCUAAGAUGUUACAAGUAUGCUGAAAUACUGAUCCCUUCAGUCUUCUGGGUAUCGGGGCAGAAGCUGGGUCAACUGGAGGCCAAGUGACAUGAACUCCAGCCACCAGAAGCCAGCCUCAUCUCUGAACUCUAGUAUGCUAAACAAAUACUUUAUGACAUGGAAAAGGUGAAGAUAUAAUGAUAUAUGGCACAAGAACUGGAAAAAUCCUCUCAUACACCUUGUUUCAAUAAUGGUCAUAAAAUAAAAACAGGAUGACUUAGUUACCCUGGGGUGAUCAUUUGUCCCAAGGACUUCAAAAUGAAGUAGUGAUGCUCUAAAACUUUCCAUCUCUACCUGUAAUGCAGAUGCCUGGCUCUCUAAUUAAACAUCAAAGUAGUUUUAAUGUGCAUGUUCCCUAAGAAAAGUUCCAACACAAUGAGAGCUUAGCCUAGAUGAUUACUUAACAGUAUUAACAAUAAUUUAAAUAGAACUUCCACGUGAUAGAGACGGUCUUAAGUGCUUCAUGUAUAUUAACUAAUCGUAACAAUCCUGAGAUAAAUACUGCUUUUACUACCAUUUUAAAGACCCAGAAACUAUCACAGAAAGGUUGAGUGAGUUGCCCCUUAUCACUGGAUUCACCUGAAGUCUGGCUAGUGUUUGCUCCCCACCACCUUUUAAAGAUUUAAUUUAUUUAUGUUUAGAGAAAGGGGGAGAGAAAGAGAGGGAAGGGAAAGAGUAUCUAUUUUAGACAGAUACUCUGUGCAAGAGAAAAACAUUGAUUGGUUUGAUCAACUGCCUCUUGCAUGCCCCGUGAAUGGGGACCCAGCCCGCAACCCAGGCAAAUGCCCUGACUGAGAAUCAAACUGGUGACAUUUCAAUUCACAGGCUGGCAUUCAAUCCACUGAG